AUGCCUUCUGACCCCUCGCUGGCCCUACAACAAGCAAAAUCCCUUGUCACAGCGCUAGAAUCCUUUGACGGCUCCCCCGCCCAACACGCCCAAAUCCUCCUCCGCCUCAACCGCCUUCGUGCAGCCAUCGAAUACCCCUAUGACAUCUCCGCUCGUUUCAUCGAGAACACUUCCACCAUGGCAGCGCUGAAUAUCCUUAUCCGGCUGGGGGCGUUACAGGCUUUGCCGGGGGUAUCUCCGGACUCCGGGGACGACGAUGACAAGUUCAUUUCGGCUGCUGAGCUUGCUCGUCGUGCCAAUUGCGAUGUUUCCGUCAUACUCCGCCCCCUGCGAUUGCUAGCAGUUCAAGGCCUAGUAAACCAAGGCCCUGAUCCCCUCACCUUCCGUGCAAACGCCCUGACUCAAGCGUUCCAACCCUCAAACUUAGGAUCCAACCCGCCCAUGGGCAUGUCUUUUGCCCGCACUUGGUCCAUGCUGCCCUCGUACGUUGCGACGCAUUCCCCAGAGGAUAUCGACAACCUACUCAAAACACCCUGGGCAUAUGCCCACGGAGUGGAAGGGAAAUCGUUCUAUGAGGGACUGGAUGGGGAUGCGGUGCUGAGGAAGGCGUUUGAUGUGACUAUGAGGGUUAUGGCUGAGAAUACGCAAUUCAGAGGCAUAUUCCCCUUUAAGAAAGUGAAGGAAGAUGUGAUAGGAAAGGAGGGGGUUAAGGAGAGGGCUUUUAUUGUGGAUGUAGGCGGGGGAAAGGGGCAAGCGUUGAGGGUGAUUGCCGAGGAGUGUGGGGGUUUCGGGGGGAUGAGAGGGGUGUUACAGGAUUUGGAGUCGGUUGUGAAGGUUGUUGAGAGGGACAGGCUACCGGAGGAGGUCGAGACAAUGGUGUAUGAUGCUUUUACGGAGCAGCCGGUCAAGCACGCCCACAUCUACUUUCUCCGCCACCUCCUCCACGACUUUCCCUCUCCGGCCUGCAUCACCAUUCUGCGGAACCAAGCUCUGGCUAUGGCCCCUGACUCAAGGCUCAUUGUGUGCGGCCUGGUGAUGCCAGAUCGAGUCGAAGUACACGGGCCAACAGACCUGUACUGGAUGGAUAUGGGGAUGAUGAUUCUGGGAGGGAGGGAGAGGACGUUAGGGGAGUUUCGGGAGUUGUUUAGGGAGGCAGGGUUGGAGCUUGUGAAGGUGUGGGGGGGAGAGGGAGGAGGGGAGGUGAUGUUGGAGGCUAGGUUGAAGGCUCCGGGCGGAUCGGAUUGA